ACUGGUACUGGUUGCAGCAUCCCAUACAUUCACCAGCGUCUCCGGUUGAAUGCUUUUCCGGCAAUGUGGAUUUGAUGGGGCUAGAUACAGUACGCGUGAGGAUCUAUCUCUGAAAUCUCAUAGGGAAUUUUAAGAAAACAAAGACAUAAAUAUAUUUGUCCCGUUUCUUAUUGUUUUUUUUUUGUUGCAAAUUGCACGCAAAAGUAAGAGUAGCCUAUAUAAAAUAACUGGAAAGAAUAUUUGGACAACAUUUCAGACUUCUGACAAGGUUGUCUGGUGAAGUGACAUCCCUGUCCAGGGGGAAAAGCCACCAUGCCGUUUGGCUGUUUGACACUCGGGGAGAAGAAAGAUUACAACAACCCUUCAGAGGUCACUGACAAAUAUGACCUUGGACAGGUUGUCAAAUCGGAGGAGUUCUGUGAGAUUUUUAGGGCGAAGGACAAGAACACGUUGAAAAUGUACACGUGUAAAAAGUUCCUGAAAAAGGACGGGAGAAAAGUAAGGAAAGCAGCGAAGAACGAGAUUGUGAUCUUAAAGAUGGUAAAACAUCAUAACAUCCUCCAGCUGGUUGAUGUGUUUGAGACAAGAAAGGAGUAUUUCCUCUUCCUGGAGCUAGCUACAGGCAGAGAGGUGUUUGACUGGAUUUUAGACCAAGGCUACUACUCUGAGAGGGAUACCAGCAAUGUGGUCAGACAGGUACUAGAAGCUGUGGCUUACCUGCACUCCCUGAGAAUAGUCCACAGGAACCUCAAGCUGGAGAAUUUGGUGUACUUCAAUCGUUUGAAACACUCCAAGAUUGUGAUAAGUGACUUCCACUUGGCCAAGCUGGAAAAUGGACUCAUCAAAGAUCCCUGUGGAACCCCAGAGUACCUGGCUCCGGAAGUGGUUGGAAGGCAGAGAUAUGGAAGACCUGUGGACUGUUGGGCCAUUGGGGUCAUCAUGUACAUUCUUCUGUCUGGAAACCCUCCUUUCUACGAGGAAACCGAUGACGACGAUUAUGACAACCAUGACAAGAACCUUUUCCGCAAGAUUCUGUCAGGGGACUUUGAGUUUGAUUCCCCGUAUUGGGAUGAUAUCUCAGACUCAGCUAAGAGCCUGGUGGCAUGUCUAAUGGAAGUGGACCAAGACCAACGGCUAACAGCACAAGAGGCUAUCAACCAUGAAUGGAUUUCUGGGAAUGCUGCAUCCGACAAGAACAUUAAGGAUGGAGUGUGUGCGCAAAUAGAAAAGAACUUUGCUAAAGCCAAGUGGAAGAAAGCUGUACGUGUCACAACCCUCAUGAAGAGGCUCAGAGCACCGGAGCAGAGUGACUCAGGGGCCUCCAGUCCUGCUGCUGGGCCUUCAUCGGGCCCAGGCAGCACUGCUGCUCCUCCAGCCCAGGAUCCUGAGGGUGUCCCCUCUGGCACAGAGGCCUCUGCCAGCCUCCAGGCUCCCGACACACUGGCUUCAAGCACCAUCACACCUGAGCCCUCCCAGCCCAGCCCGGCUCUACAGGAGGUGGGGCCCCAGGCCAGGUGUAAUGGUGAUGCUCCUCUGCAGACCUCCCCACCAACACAGGAGGAUCAGAAUGGCUAGGCUGAGCAUCUUUGCCACAAUACAUACACCAUGUAAAUUAGGUGCUGGCAUGAUGAUAAAAUGGUCUGUCAGAUCCACCCCUUGCAGCUUUAGCGCAGUCAUCUCACAUCGUUUUUUUCUUUCUUUCUAAACCUUUUUACAUGAUGUUUGCGAUUAAUAAAGUGAUGGGUCUAUCUUUAGAAAAAAAAAAUUCAAAGGAAUGCUUAUCCUUUGUUUUCAUAUCAACUGUUUUUUUCAAAUAUGAGACCUUGCUAUUGUUUCAAUAUAUAUUUCAUUUGAGGUGCUUCUAACUAGUUUCACCUACAAAUGCUGUUAGUAAAGCGUGGUGUGGCUCUGUAUGACCUCAUAAUUUUUCUUCUGUGAAAGUCUGUAUACUGUUAAUGUCUCUUACUGCCACAUAAUAGUGACCUUAUUUGACACCUUGAUGUUAACAUUUAUGUUUCCUGUCUCGCAGACUUGCAACCUGUUUUCCAACUUUUAAACUCAAUUUCCUGCUGUUCCAUAAACAACUGCGUUAGUAAGAAAUUAAUCAAUAUAAGCUUGUAUUGCUCUCUUCACACUCUUUGUGGAACAGAAAAAAAUAACUUUUCAAAGAAUAUAUGUCAGCUUGGGUAUUGGUCUUUACUGUAGAGGACACUGACCAUUUUGCAAAAUAGUAGCUAAUAUUUAAUGUUAUUCUUUAUGACUCUCUCUAUGUUUAUUUAUUGUGUAUGUAAUAUAUUUUAAGCAUCCUUUAGUUGAUCUGAAUGGUUGCCAAAGUAUUAUGUAAAUUAUUUAAUUAAGCAAUAUUAUUAUUGCUGUAAAAAACUGUGACAUUUAUUUAAUAGAUAUAUCACGUAAUUACUUUACAUUUUCUUACGCUAUUGCCAGAUAUUUUAUUAUUUGGGAUAUUAUGAUUCCAAAAUUACUCCUACCACUGACAUAACACAAACACACAUUCUCUCUCUCCUCUCUCAAUUAUAUUUUCUUAAUUUUCUUUAAGAAUUUUAUCAUUAGCGGUUUUAAAUAUUAUUGUGACCUUUGAAUAGCUGUAUUUAGAACAAUUCAACAAAGCAAUGAUCUGACAACAGACACUCACAAAACUAUAAAGCUGGGUAUGAUCUUGU